AGACAGCUGUCAAUAAACAGUACGGUGGGCUAUAUUGUUUCGCGCGACUAGAGCGAAUAUAUGUUUCGAGUCUUGAGAAUCCAAGUAUUGCUACGCCGUGCUCAACUUCGUCCCCGACUACAAGCUUGCAAUCAUGCUUUAGGCAACGAAAUGACCACCAUUUGAACACAGCGCGCACUUUCUUCCAUGCGUAGAACGUGAAAACAGUCGUGACUCAUUUCGGCUUCUACGGAACCAGUUGUUGUCGAUGAGGAACCUUAUGUUGCCAGGCAGAUGAGCCCUGUAGCUAAGGCAUAAGUUCAUCGUGCGCACCUCUGGAGAUCUAUCCCUUCCCACGCUCGCACCUUUGAAGACCGAUCCAUUCCAAUAUUUUUAGUGUCGGGUGACCAUCACACUAAAAGAGCUUCACCAUUGCUCCUUUCGCGUUCUCUCAUCAAGGGCCUACACAUUUCAGGCGUGCCCCAGCAUUCAUCGAACAGAUCAAAGAGCAGCAACGGAUACAGCAGGAGCAGCACUCGCAAAAUCUGAUCAUGGGUCUCUUGCGAAGUCCAAGCCAAAUACUGAGGAAGAGGAGAGCUGAAGGAAAUCAACCUGCACCCGCAGCGGAAGCUGGAGCUGGAGCUGGAGCUGAACCUAAAGCUGAACCUGAAGCUGAACCCAAAGCUGCCGAAGGGGAAGAAGUGGUCGCGCCUGUUGUUUCGAAUCCUAUCCCAUAUGCCCCGUCAACGACCGAGCUGCUCCUGCGCAGCGAUCGCGAAAAGUCAGCAACGGCCUACCGACGCGCCCAGAAGGCCGAAGCUGAAUACCGCGCCAAGAAGGAUGCCGAAAGAUCUCGAAAUGACUACAAGUCUUCCAAGUCGCACAUCAAGACUUCAUGUCAUGAGUUGAAGUUGGGCCUGAAGACGGCUUUCUCGUCGGUGAAGACUAGUCCGGCUGUCUUGAAGGAGAAGCAAGUAAAUGCUGGCACCAGGUCUGCUGUAAAGAAGCAGGAGAAGGAGGACGAGAAGAGGAGGAAACUGGAUGCGAAGUUGAAGAAGGUGAAGGAGCAGCAAGCAAAGUUGGAGGAGGCAAAUAAGGAGAAUAAUGAUGAGAAUACUCCUGUGGCUGACGUCGUUGAGGAGUCUGCACUGGACUGA